GUCUCCAGCCUGGGUACAGGACACGGCAUGAUGGAAUCACAUCACCCCAACGGACUUUUAUUCUUGUCAUCUAUUCUAGUAGCACUCAUCACACCACUGAAUACAUGGAAUGUAUCUAUCGAUGUGUUUCUCUACCAACCCAGCUUUGAUGUUGUGCAACAGAACCAAUUGUGUGGCCGUGACUUUAUUCAUGAAGACAAAGACAACAUUAUCACCUGGAACAUGGUUCCCGUCACUUCUCUGUUUGAUAUGCUGAAAACAGUCAAACGACACAAUGUUGACCUCACAAUGGCGGUCCACCACCCCUAUUCUGAGGCGGACGCUGGGCUGCCCGACCCACGCCGAGUCCAGCACGUUCCAGACGAGGACUGCGCGGGGAGGAUUCACGUACAUGGAAACUGUUUCGUACAUUCAAUACAGAACAUGUCGGAAACAUUGUCUGCACCAAGCAUGCUGGACAGUUAUAUCCAUAGCCGAUUUCUACAAGCUGUGAGUGAUGCGAUAAAGACACAACAUCGCAGAACAAGAUUCAUCUUGAUGUCUUCAAAUCAUGAACUGUUGGAACUCUCAACAUUACUGAUGACAGCGAGCCCUAGGACAACAAUAAUGGCCCUUGAGAUAACGGACACAGGGCUCCUAACCAAAGGACAAAAUCUGAGCACAACUUACAGAACAUCAACAGAACAUGCCGUCACUUUCAUCGUUGUCUGUUCUGGUUCCUGCAUCCAGAACGUCAUCAAACAGGUAUAUGAUCUUCAUCAAAAUCAAAAUCACGACCCAACAAGAAAAACCCAGUGGCUACUGGCAUCCACAGAUCAAACAGAUGAUGUAGACAUUAUGAUCGACACAGAAAACGUCACCAACUUCGACGUAGCUGCAAUCAAUCUGAAACCCUGCAUCGUUCAAUACACAGCCGAGGAUUUGGGUGAAAUUAGUCGAGGAAUUGCAUCUGCAACUUCAAAGGAGAAUGGGAUUAAAACUGCGUAUGCUGCACUGAGGGACAGAAACAGACUGAAAUGCAGAAUUAAUUCCAAGUUCUGGGGACAUAUGUGUGACACCUGUGGUCUGAACAACAGAACGCUAAGAUUGGGGAUAAAACAGUCCCCCGGCUUCAUAGUGAAGACGAUAAUCAACGGAACAGUUUACUACUCCGGGGUGACCAUUAACCUCAUCAAACAGAUGGCUAAAACACUGAAUUUCAGCUACGUGUUGCUGGAACCUGUUGACAACGAGUGGGGCCGGUACGUCAACGGGUCAUGGACAGGGGUUAUAGGAGAUCUACUGUCAGGGAGGACAGAUGUAAUUGCAUCGCCACUGGCGGUUACUGAAGAUCGUGCCGCCAUCAUGGACUUCACAGCGCCGUACUUCUAUGACGUCAGCUGCGUUGUCAUUCAGACGCCUGACAACUACGACACGAAAUGGCUGAUUCUUGCCAACAAGUUUCAGAACGUUGUUCUCAUCUGUAUAUUCAUCUCUUUCCUAUUCUCAACCAUCUUCCUCUGUGUGCUGGAGGAAGUUCAUCCCAUCCUCUGGUCUGCCAGGGAAUUGACGGGGGUGUGGAACCGAUGUGCAGACAGCCUUCUCGUGCACUUUGCUGCUCUCAUGGCAAACGGUGUAAAUGAAUUCCUGCUUCCGUCAAGUCUCCCUGGGCGCUGUGUCAUGGGUGCCUGGUGGAUAUUCUCUAUGCUGACAGCGGCAGUCUACCGUGCCGACAUCAUAGCCUUCCUCACUGCCUCCAGAACCACACUGCCUUUCAACACUCUGGCUGAGAUGGUGGCGCAGGACACGUACACUUGGGGGACCCUCGGGGGGUCGGCGUAUGAAACACUUUUCAAGAAUGCAAAUAUAUCGCAAUACCAACAGGUUUGGGAAGGUAUCGAAGCAAGGCUGGUAUCUGAUCCUAGUGUUCUCAGUGUGGACCUGAACGUGCAUCUUCACAAGGUGAAUACUGGACGCUACGCUUUCAUCACCAACACCUUGACGCUGAGGAACUGGAGGGUCAAGAACUGCGACCUGCACAUGAUCAGUGACAUCUUCUACCCACUGAUAUUUGCUAUGGUGCUGCCCCCAAAUAGCAGCCUCACCAGCAUGCUCUCAAAAGAAAUACUUCGCCUUCGUGAGAAUGGCGUUAUUGAACAUUGGUACAAUCAGGAGACGUCUAACGUUAGUUGUGUAGCCAGUAAUUAUGACGUGAAGAAGAUUGACUUCAUCGGACUGCUGAGUGUCGUGUAUGCGGCAGUCAUUGGUAUUAGCCUAGCUCUGGUGGCGCUGAUUGGGGAGAUACUCUACAAGAAACACUCGCGUCUUGUUAAUUCUCACGGGCAACAAGCAACCGGCGACACAUCGUGCAUGACAUUAAGUUAAUGCAUAUGAUGGAAAUUCUACGUAUAUUUUGUAAUUUACAAUUUUGUGAUCUUCAAAUAGUAUAUUUCCAUGCGCUAUCCCAUUUUCGUGGGUCGAUGCUCAUGAUGUCAAUCACUGAAUUGUCUGGUCCAGAUUCAAUUCGUUACAGACCGCCGUCAGUGCGGCGUUAAACAACAAACAACACAAUCUUUGGUAUAAAGAUUUACAAGAGAUAUUGACAGUUGUUUCUGUUAUUUAUAAAAUAUGUACA